AUGGAUUUCUACACCUACCCUGUUGAUAUACAACAAUGCAAUCGACUCAUUGCUAGUGCCAUUGCGAUCACUGCGAUCUGUGCACAAUACACCACCCUGAUCAUGGCUCAACCAGAAGCUCACAACAAUACUAUGAAGUCCCAGCCUGCGCACUGGAUAAAUGAGGAGAUCACUGUCCUCAUCAACCAUAUGUAUGACCAUUGCACGGACAGUGAAGGCUCUGGCAACUUCAAGCCACAGGUCUACACUUCCGCUGUAACGACCAUCAAUGAUGAUCCCAACCUUCAACCAAUGCAGAUCGGUCCAGCAAAGACUGUUGACAUUGUAUUGCCUUUUCAUGCUAUCUCGUUAUCUUGUUCACCUUCAGUACCACACUGUUCAACGUCUUCUUGUCUUCUUGCACCUUAUGGCGCAUCCGCACGUUAA